UACAACCCUCCGCAGGCUAGCAACAAGCUCAGCCCCAGCGACGGUCACGGUCAGCAUUGUAACAUGAUAGUGUCUUUAGUGCGUCCAUUGUUCGUUAGACUGUGCUGACUUUGCUUGGGCAAAAUUGCAUAAGUCGAACUCAGUCUUGUCUGGCCGCUCAGAAUGACGUUAGUGCAGUGGGAAGUCGUGACCUGCCUUACUGAUCAGCUUUUCAACUUAGGAGCCCGUGGGCGGAGACUACUCGGAGGGGCUACGUUGCUCUUCCUCGGCGUAUAUUCCCGCUUCUUAGUCAUGCACGGCCACGGGAAACCGUAGCUCUUGCGCUUUUCGUUUGUUUCAUAUAUAUAGGCAGAAGAUUGGUUCAAUGCGACCAGCAUUCUUAUUUUUCUCUGGCCGCCAUACUUACUAUGUCCACUCAGAAGGCUCUCUACCUCCUUGAGGCUAAGGGUCAGCUUGCGAUCAAGACGAAGGAUAUACCGGAGCCCGACACUGACGAGGUUCUUGUCGAGAUUCACGCGGCUGCGUUGAACCCCGUCGACUGGAAAAUCCAGACAAAUAAUAUCAUCGUCAAGCAUUACCCUGCCAUACUUGGCCUCGACGCAGCAGGCGUUGUCAAGAAGGUCGGCAGUGGGGUGAUCAAUGUCGGUGUCGGUGACAAGGUGGUCUACCAAGGCUUUUACGAUGAACGCCGCGCCGCGUUUCAGCAGUACGCCGUCGUUCCAGCAGACAUUAUUGCCCAGGUCCCGCCGAACGUAACUUUGGAUCAGGCUUCCACCCUCCCGAUCGGACUCGCGACUGCGGCUCUCGGUUUGUAUAACCGCAAGGGGGCAGGUGGCAUUGCUCUCACUGCGCCCUGGGAGGAGAGUGGCCGCGGCAAGUACGCUGGUGAGCCUAUCCUGAUAAUUGGCGGUGCCUCUGCAGUCGGCCAGCUGGUGAUCCAAUUCGCGAAGCUCUCGGGCUUUUCGCCCAUCAUCACAACGGGCUCAUUGCACAAUGAGGUGCUUCUCAAGUCGCUCGGCGCGACGCACAUUAUCGACCGCAACGCGCCGCUGUCCGAGCUGUCUGACACGAUCAAGGCGAUUACAGAGAAGCCCGUCAAGGUUGCUUAUGACGCGAUCUCGUACCCAGAGACGCAGAACGCCGCAUACGACAUCCUGGCGUCGGGCGGGAAGCUUGUGCACGUUUUAUUCAACGCCCUUGACAAGGACAGGCUCACGCCCGACAAGGAGGUCGUCCAUGUGUUUGGCAGCGUCCAUCCGCCAGAGCAGCGCGAGGUCGGCAGGAAAUUGUACGCCAAUUUGACAAGCCUGCUCGAGACCGGCGACAUUAAGCCAAACAACGUCGAAGUACUGCACAACGGCCUCGCAGGCAUCCCCGAGGGUCUAGAGAAGCUCCGGAGUGGUGUCAGUGCGUUCAAAUUUGUCGCACAUCCGCAUGAAACUGCCUAAGGUAUUUAGAAGUUAAGGUAGAUUAGUAUUAAUUGUAGCGGGAAUCUAGCAUAGCGUUAGUCGAGUUUAUGUCCUGCGUGAAUGUGGGCGUCACUUUUAGGCCGGAUCAAAUAAC